AUGUCUCCCCAUAGCACAAGAGACAUCAGCACCGAAAACGCCAACGGGGCCGAGGGCUCGCAAACCAAUGGCACCCAAGCCCAGGGCAGCAUUCCGGCAGUGGAACAGGGCGAUGGAGCCUCAACAGUCGUCGAGACGGACUUUCUUGUUGUCGGAUGUGGUCCAGCAGGCGCAUCCUUAGCUUGUUUCCUGGCCUCGCAUGGACUUACCGGAAUCAUGAUCGGUGCCGCGCCGGGCACUGCCAAUACUCCACGCGCACACAUCACCAAUAUGGCCGCGGUCGAAUGCCUUCGAGACAUCGGACUCGAGCGAGACGUCAAGCAGGUUGCGUCCACGGGACACUGCAUGAUCCAUACCAGGUGGUGUCACAGCAUGGCCGGUGCCGAGUAUGCGCGGCUUUAUUCCUGGGGAAACGAUCCGAUGAGGAAGGGGGACUACGAACUUGCGAGUCCAUGCGAGCCUGCCGACAUUCCACAGACCCUCCUCGAACCUAUCCUGAUCCGUUACGCGACACUACACGGAUUCAAAGUCCUCUUCAACACGGUUCUUAAUUCGUUUACGCAAGACCCCAAGACAAGUUUGAUCACGGCGACGAUCCGCGACAAGAUAUCCAACCUCGAAUACAAGAUCCGCACAAAGUAUCUCUUUGGUGCUGACGGAGCGCGAAGCCAAGUCGUGAAGCAGAUCGACCUCCCGUUGGAUCGCAAGCCCGGGCAAGGCCUUGCCAUUAACGUCCUCGUGAAAGCAGAUCUCUCCCAUCUUGUCGAUUCGCGCCGCGGUAAUCUGCACUGGGUUAUGCAGCCGGAUCGCGAACAUCCCGAAUUUGGCUGGAUGGCUAUAGUGAGGAUGGUCAAGCCUUGGGAUGAGUGGAUGUUCAUCUUACUUCCAAGUCGAGACGCCGAUGUCAGCAUGAACCCUACGAAUGAAGAAUAUCUCCAACGCGUGAAGGAGCUUAUCGGUGAUGAUACUCCUGUUGAGAUUCUCAACGUCGCAAAAUGGUACAUCAACGAGAUCGUGGCGGAGAAAUACUCCGUGGGAAGAAACAUAUUCUGUCUCGGAGAUGCAGUCCACCGUCAUCCACCCAUGAAUGGCCUCGGCUCCAACACUUGCAUACAAGACGCAUUCAACCUCGCCUGGAAGAUAGCCUAUGUGCACAAAGGCCUUGCGUCCCCUUCCCUCCUCGACACAUAUACCGUUGAACGCCAGCCUGUGGGCCGCAGCAUCAUCACCCGUGCAAACCAAGGUUUCCGAGACCACUUUCACGUUUGGGACGCCAUAGGCGCCCUACCCACAAAUGUUUCUGAGCGUCAAGCUAUCCAACGUGAGCUCGAGUCAGCCACGCCAGAAGGGCAGAAGAGAAGACGCGCCCUUCGUGAAGCUAUCGAAGGCACAGCAAAAGAGUUCCAUGGCCUCGGCGUCGAGAUGAACCAGCAUUACUCGGGUCUCGGAAUCUAUGAUGCUGAUGAGGCCCAGCCCUUCGCGUGGACCGGACGUACCGCUGAGAAUCCCGUCCUUUACCAUGAGGCUAACACUUACCCCGGAUCGCGCCUCCCUCAUGUCUGGCUCAAUAAGACCAUCCCAGAGACUCCUACAUCCACCAUAGAUCUGGCAGGUAAUGGCAAGUUUGUCAUCUUCACCGGUAUCGGCGGUGAUGCCUGGAGGGAUGCCGCGGCGAAGGUGUCGACCGAGCUCGGCGUGCCCGUCGACGUGCACUCAGUUGGGCUUCGCCAGGACUGGGAAGACUUUUACUAUGCGUGGGAGAAGGUCAGAGGCGUGGAGGAGUCUGGAGCCGUACUUGUUCGGCCGGACAGGUUCGUAGCCUGGCGGGCUCAGGAAGUCCUCCAUAGCAUGGAGGAAUGCUCCACGAAGCUGUUGGACGUGAUGAAGAGUAUAUUGGGGAAAAAAGACGACGAAGUCGCUGUCACUGGCGAGAAGACUGUUGAAGUGUAG